GACCGCGGGGGCGGCGGACAGCGGCGCGGCGGGGUGGCCAAGAGCAAGAACCGCCGCAGGAAGGGCGCCAACUUGGUGUCGGUGGAACCGCACCGGCACGAGGGCGUCUUCAUCUAUCGCGGGGCGGAGGACGCGCUGGUGACGCUGAACAUGGUGCCCGGCCAGUCGGUGUACGGCGAGCGCCGGGUCACGGUGACCGAGGGCGGCGUGAAACAGGAAUACCGCACGUGGAACCCCUUCCGCUCCAAGCUGGCCGCUGCCAUCCUGGGCGGGGUCGACCAGAUUCACAUCAAGCCCAAGUCCAAAGUGCUGUACCUGGGCGCUGCCUCGGGGACCACUGUGUCCCACGUCUCCGACAUCAUCGGCCCCGAUGGCCUGGUCUACGCAGUCGAGUUCUCCCACCGUGCCGGCCGCGAUUUGGUCAACGUGGCCAAGAAGCGAACCAACAUCAUCCCGGUCCUCGAAGAUGCCCGGCACCCGCUGAAGUACCGCAUGCUCAUCGGGAUGGUGGACGUGAUCUUCGCCGACGUGGCCCAGCCCGACCAGUCCCGCAUCGUGGCUCUGAACGCCCACACCUUCCUGCGUAACGGGGGCCACUUCCUCAUCUCCAUCAAGGCCAACUGCAUCGACUCCACCGCAUCUGCCGAGGCGGUGUUUGCUUCCGAGGUGAGGAAGUUGCAGCAGGAGAACUUAAAGCCCCAGGAGCAGCUGACCCUGGAGCCCUAUGAGAGGGACCACGCUGUGGUUGUCGGGGUCUACCGGCCCCUUCCGAAGAGCGGCGGCAAGUAGCAACCCAGCUUGGGCUGUCCCUGAGAUCUCCCCGAGGCUGCGCUGUGUUCAGUGUUACUAUGUAUAUGGUUUCAUUGCGUGUUGUUUUUCUAUUAAACAGUGUAAAGAAAUGGCACCCAGGUGUAUCAGUGAAGCCAGAUUCGGUUUUGCUGCUGUAAAGAUCCAGCAAACGGCUAAGACGACUGGUAUUAGGGACCCAUCACGGAACAGCUUGGGAAUGGUGCUUGUUCCAUCCACUCAGGGUCCUGACUCCCCAGGGCCCCUGGUCACAGAGGUGGGGAAGAGAGU